AAAAACAGUGCCCUUGAGUCGAUUCCGACUCAUUGUGACCCUAUAGGAAGGAGUAGAACUGCCCCAGAGAGUUUCCAAGGAGCGCCUGGUGGAUUCGAACUGCCGACCCUUUGGUCAGCAGCCAUAGCACUUAACCACUACGCCACCAGGGUUUCCAUAGUUGAGGUAGCACAUUAAAAAUACCAAUAUGUAUAAAUUCGAGUUCAUAUGGAACACACGCUAUAAUACAUAAGUACAGAAAGAAAUAAAAAUCAGAACACCAUUCCCGUUUCAAUUUUUAUGUGCUAACACAGAGAUACACACACACUAACAGACACACACACAGAGUCACACACACACAGAGUCACAGAAGGAAAUGAACCCUUAAUAUUUCUUGAAACAUUUAUUAUUCUUCUUUCUAUUUUCAAUUUUUAUGGAAAAUUCAAUGUAAAAAUCCAAAGACAUACAGAUGUGUAUGUUAAAUCCUAUAUUUCCCACCUUGUAUGAUUUCUCUUCAGUUUGUCAGUGGGCAUAUCCCUUGGGAUCUGGUCAGUCAUGUAACCGGACAACACGUGGUCAGCAAAGAGGAGACGAGGGUGAUGGAAAAGUUGGAUAAAACAGAUUGUAUUCACUUUUGGUUAUUCAGAUAACACUAAAGACAUCAUACACCAAAGCACCAUAAGAACUUUCAUUUAUUAACUUAUGUGCUGUAGCAUUUACAGUUUCUGAAUAAAUCAAUUAUAUUUCUGUAUGAAUACAAAAACUGUGAUCACUUCUGUGGCGCAGCUAGGUAGUGCUCUCUGCGCGUCCGACCCUGAGGCCUGUGUCUUCCGGCUGCGCCUCCCUGAAUAGCGGGGGUUUAUCGUUUAAAAUCGGGAACGAGCCUUGGAUUUAUUCAGACCUACCGCCUCAGACAAGACACAAACGUCGGAUACCGAGAGGGACGUAUCAAAGCUCCUCACUAGUCAAGACAGUUUGGAUUUUUUUAAUAACAACAGUGCCACUUUGUUAGUGACAUUUAUCUGGGCUAAUUUCCUAGGAUAAAGAAGACAAUUUAGAAAAAGAAAGUGUUCUGCCUUGUGAUAAUAUUUUGUGGCUGUCCAACAGAGUUAAACCCUGAUCUGUCAUUGUCUUGAUCAUUUUUAUAACCAUUUAGAAUAAGAACAAAGAAGAAUGGAUGGAGAGAAUUGCUCCUCCUUGACUGGAUUCCACCUCGUGGGAAUUACUAAUAACCCUGAGAUCAAAGUGACCAUAUUCACCUUGUUUCUGGUGGUUUAUCUCAUUAUUCUUAUGGCAAAUCUUGGAAUGAUCAUUUUAAUAAGAAUGGACUCCCAGCUUCAAACACCAAUGUACUUUUUCCUCAGCCACCUCUCCUUCUGUGACCUCCGCUAUUCCACAGCAGUUGGGCCCAAGAUGCUGAUAGACCUCUUAACCAAAGACAAAUCAAUUUCCUUCUACGGGUGUGCUCUGCAAUUCUUCAUUUUCUGUAUCUUUGCCGAUUCCGAGUGUCUCCUGCUGGCAGUGAUGGCCUUUGAUAGGUACAAGGCCAUUAGCAACCCCUUGCUCUAUACAGUCAGCAUGUCCAGCAGAGUGUGCUCCGUGCUCAUGGCUGGGAUUUACCUGGUGGACAUGGUGGACGCUUUGAUACAUACGACAUUAACUUUCCGCUUAUGUUUCUGUGGGUCAAGUGAAAUUAAUCAUUUCUUCUGUGAUGUCCCUCCUCUUCUGUUGCUAUCUUGUUCGGACACGCAGGUCAAUGAAUUAGUGAUAUUCACCAUUUUUGGCUUCAUUGAACUGAGUACCCUUUCAGGGGUUUUAGUCUCUUACUGUCACAUCAUCCUCUCAGUCUUAAAGAUCCGCUCUGCUGAGGGAAAGUUCAAAGCUUUCUCCACCUGCACCUCCCACUUAGCUGCUGUUGCAAUUUUCCAGGGAACUAUGCUCUUUACGUAUUUCCGACCAAGUUCUGCCUACUCUCUAGAUCAAGACAAGAUGACCUCAUUGUUUUAUACCCUUAUUAUUCCCAUGUUAAACCCCCUGGUACACAGCCUAAGAAAUAAAGACGUGAAAGAAGCUCUGGAAAAACUCAAAAAUAAAAUGUGGUUUUAAAUAGUUAAACACACACUUAAGGAGUUGCAAUAUUCUUCAAAUCAUACAGUACAGCAUAAUGUGGUCUCAAACUCAAUACAGUCAGUAUUUUUACAAAUUAUCUACUAUACCAAUUAUUAAGUACUUUCUUAAAUAUGCUAUACUUUCUUAAGUGUCUUCAGUUUAAAUACAGUACUGUCUAAUUUUAGAAAACUUUCUGGUCUCCUUAUUAGUGUUUCAAAAUUUUAUUUGUUCAAUGUUUCCUCUAUGCAUUAACUGAAUUAUUACAGGAGUUAUUGAUUAUUUAUUUAACACCUACUACACUUCUAAGGGUUUUGUAUUUUAUGGUCAAUCCAGUGGUUUCUAUACUAAUGAACUCUAUAAUUCAGUGUAAGUGAUGAACUUUAAUUAACUAAUAAUCUGAAUAAUUUAUAAUAUCAUG